AUGGUUUACGUUGCCACUCUCACCUCGAUAUUGAUCCUCUUGUUGGGGCCUUUCGCCCAACAAGCCGUCAAUAUUGUGAAUCGCCAGACUGUCGUUGCAAACGAUACGGCCGACAUACCCUUUGUGGAACAUUGGGCAGGGCCUCUGCACCAAUCGAUUUUGAAAACGGACGCCGGAGUGGAAGGAGUAGGCAUUCCCUACGCCUCGACAGACCCAGGAGUAAACAACAAUGUCCUCCGUGGGAUACUCGGUCCAGACGCUAGUCAUAGCGACGUCAAGCCAGUCUGCUUGGGCGCCAACUGUACUAUCCCCUCCUAUACGACCCUGGGUAUAUGCUCCUCCACGGAAGAUUUCAAGUCACAUAUCAUUGUACAAAAAGGGGAUGGAAGCAAUGGAGAAACAAAUUAUACGAUUGAUGAGCUGGUGGCGCAUCCACCUCUACGGGGUAGACCGUUUGACACCAGUCGAGUUCACGUUGGAAUGAGUGCCUACCCCGAUAGCAGGUCUAAAGCACAGCAAAUCUGGUCGCGACCAUACACCAACCCAGAUCCGAAAGUCUUAAGCGAGUUCUACGUAAUGUAUCCGUACAAGUCAUAUACGGAGGCCCCUAAGGACCUCCUCGCCUCAGUCGGUGCUAGUAAAGUCACACUGGAAUACUGUCUGUAUACGCUCCAAACAGAAGUUCGUAACGGUCAAACAAAUACCACAGUCAUAGACGUGAUUAUCGAGGAUCUUGACUGGCAAUGGCGCGGUAGUUCGUCAAAUCGGUCUGCAUUCACCACACACACUAUUGGUUCUAAUACGACCGAGUAUAGCGCCAGCGAGGCCAUGAAAGAUGCGUUGAAUACGUAUAUGGCAAGUGAAAUACUUUACGGCUCGUGGCUAAUGACAUCGGGGUUUGAUGCGGCGGAGUCAGAUGUCGCCUUGGCGAUCGGGAAAUCCUUAUAUCACAAUAACUCGGGAGAAUUGACCUUUGAUGGAUGGGAGGGCAUAGAUAGGCUUACGGACAAUCUUGCAAUCUCGAUAACCAAUGCGCACCACCCUCUGACAAACUCCAGUAUGCGGACCACAGCGGAUUAUAGCAACUUGGCAGUCGGCACUGUCUCCUAUACCGAGAUAUUCAUCAAAGUCAAUUUCUUCUGGCUGAUCUUACCUAUUGCCGCCGUCCUCUGGGUCCUGAUGUUCCUAGUCAUCGUGAUCAUUCAAAGCAAACGCGCAGGCAUCCCAGCUUGGAAAACAAGCCAAUUACAAGCGAUGCAGGUUCUUGAACCGGGAGUGAGGGACGGGUUGAGACUAGAUAAGGACGAAGGAGCAAAGAUGAGAGUCCGGCUCGUCACGGGAGAAGAGGGUUGGCUGUUGGGUAAGAACACGGAUGAAAGAAGUGACGAAGGUGUUGAGAUGGAUUUGUUAGGCCAAUAA